AUGGAGGAGCAGUUCAUCCUCCGCGUGCCGCCAUCCGUGGCGGAGCGGAUCGAGCGCCUCAUGAAUGAAUCCGCCGCUGCCUCCUCCAACCCUGACGAGGCCUCCCUCGACCUCUCAUUCUCAGAGGAUGGAAGAAAUGGUACAUUUAUGAUCGGUAAUGAGAGCUUUCCUGCGUCUCUCUUGGAUCUACCUACUGUGGUGGAGUCGUACAAAACAUAUGAUGAUUCUGUACUAAUUAAAACUGCUGAUGUUGGUCAGAUGAUUAUGGUAAGAGAAGAAAAUGAUCCUGCUCCAGAAGGAGUUGAAUACAAGCAUGGGCUUACUCCUCCAAUGAGGGAUGCACGCAGGCGACGUUUCCGCAGAGAACCAGACUUGAAUGCAGAGCUGGUUAACCAAGUUGAGCAGCAUCUUAUCAAUAUCAUGCAUGGAGUAUCUGUCAAUCAGAAUGCCAGUGUGAUAGGAGGUGAAGAAGGUGGUGAUCGUAAGAAACCUCCAGUAGCUCGUGCAACCAAGCAGCCAGAUGUUCAAGAGCCUGCUGUGAAUGGAGAGGAAGCAGAACCUGAGAGGAGUGACACUGAUGAGUCAGAGAACUGA